AUGCAACAAGAACAUGGCCAAGCUUCAAUUGUUGAGAAGGGGUGCGAGAGCUGCAGGAAGUGGCAAGAGCACUACUACUGGGAGCACAUGGAUGUGAGCACGAUCCGCUUCUUCAAGCUCAUGACGGGAGAUUUUGCCAAGGGCACUAGCAUACCAGAGAAGUUUACAAAGAAUUUCAAGGGGCAGAUCACUGGAGGGUUUGAGCUGAAAGCGCCCAGUGGCAAAACAUGGCACAUCAGUGUAGAUAAGAGUGGAGAUGAACUGUUCCUCAUGUCAGGAUGGGAGGAUUUUGUUAAGGCUCAUGAACUGCAGGAGAAUGAUCUCCUUCUCUUCACAUGCUGUGGUAACUCUUCCUUUCAGGUCCAAGUCUUCGAAGCAAGUGGCUGUGAGAGAGUGUCUUCUAUUUUUGGCAACCGAAUUGGUCCUGAUAUGUGCAAACAUGUCAAUAAUAUCGCGGGUCAACAUGGUAUGCAUUACUCUCAGAAUGAUUCUGAGGACACUACUACACCGUCACAGCUGGUUGGAUCCCCUCACAAUGCCUCUUCUUCGAAGAAAUCAAGUGGGAAGACUAAACCAAGUGAGCCUGAAAAUCCAAACACAAGCAACUUUAUUGUCAAUCAUUCUGCAAUCGGUGAUGAGGAUAGUGAUGACGAAUGUGCCAACUCUAACUGCUACUACUCGAUGUUUGCCAACCGACUAAGAGAUGAGGAAAAGGAGGAGAUAAUAGGUUUGGCUUCCAUCCGACCAAACAAUCCUGCUUUUGUGACAGUUCUGAAGAAAAAGCACAUUCAGCGCAACAAGAACUCUCUGAUCAUCCCCUGUAGAUUUGCUGCUGAUCAUCUCGAUAAAAGAUCACAUGAUAUCAUACUUCAUAGGCCAAACAGGAAAGGUAAGUGGCUCGUAAGCUACUACUACUCGUGCUACAUGCGAUCCUUCCAAAACUUGGCGUUUUUCAAGUUUGUGCGCGACAACAAGCUCUGCGAGGGUGACAUCUGCGUCUUCGAGCUGAUGAAAGGCAAAAGGAGGGUGACAAUGGCCGUCCAUGUCAUCAGAAAGGCCAGUGACCGGUUUAUUCUGGUGGGAUAAGUUGUGUUGUAUCCUCCCAAGAGUUGGCAUGUAGGAUGUGCUCUUGUACUGGUGAAGUUUCUGCAGUAUGUACUAUGUAAGAGUAGCACUGGAAACUUAAACUUGAAGUGCCUAGCAAUAUGCCUUGCUUUGUAGCAAGUGCACUUCUGUAUCCUGUAAGUUAAGUUCUUGAUGCAGGAGUAUGGCUGCUAGAACAAGUUGUGACCUGUGUAAUGUAAAUGUUUCUAAGCAAA